GAGGCAGCUGAUGCCAUGGAAACCAUGCAGUGUGACGCUGCACGGGAGCGGGAGGAGGCUGUGGCCACUCUUGCUCAGGAGGUGCAGCGGCUAAAAGUGGAGCUGGAGGGGGCUCGGCGCGAGCAGGAGGAGGCAGCCGGUGCCAUGGAAACCAUGCAGUGUGACGCUGCACGGGAGCGGGAGGAGGCUGUGGCCACUCUUGCUCAGGAGGUGCAGCGGCUGAAAGUGGAGCUGGAGGGGGCUCGGCGUAGACGUGUUGUUGGUGGUACUGAUAUGGUUUGUGGUGCUUGUGUGGCGAAAGACGCGCGGAUGGAUGAGUGGAAGGGGAGAGUGAAAUUAAUUAUAGAACGGAACGAGGAACAAAAAAGGCUGUUGACGAUGCAACUGGACACCUCGAGAGCGGAGGCAGAGCGGGCGCGGUUGGAGUUCACCGAGGCUGUUGAGUCUUUGCGUGGCUCUAUGGUACUAUUGCAGUCUGAGGUGUCACGCCUUGUUGAGGAACGGCUGGUAAUGGCGGAGACUCUCAGGCAGUGGGAGGAUUUCAAGGCAAUGAUCGUGAAAAAAAUAGUUGUGAAGUAG